UGAGUGCACUGCAUUGAUAUCUUCCACGUUGCGCGCGAAAACCACACGAUCCCUCCCCGAUAUUACGCAGUCUAUUUAAACGCAACAUCCACACACCCAUUCCAUCACUCACCACUUUGGCCGUCUCACCUGCACGCGCGGUGCCCAGGAGAGGAUUUCAGUGAUGGAUCAGGACAAGUACCUGCCGGAGCUCGUGGCCGAGAAGGAGAGCUUGGACUCGUCGUUCGUGCACGCGAUGCGCCUUCUGGCUGAAGAGAUUGAAAAGUUUGAAGGCGACGAGUUGAGAAAAGAUGGCGAGGUGAAGAAAUACCUGGAUAUCAUCAGCAACAAAAACAUCAAACUUUCAGAGCGCGUGCUGAUCCCGGUUCAGCAGUAUCCUAAGUUUAAUUUUGUUGGGAAACUGCUGGGGCCCAGGGGCAAUUCCAUGAAAAGAUUACAAGAGGAAACGGGAGCAAAGAUGUCCAUCCUUGGCAAGGGUUCAAUGAGGGAUAAAGGCAAGGAAGAAGAGCUGAGGAAAAGUGGAGAGGCGAAAUACGCUCAUUUGAGCAACGAUCUUCACGUUUUAAUUGAGGUUUUCGCACCACCUGGAGAAGCCUAUUCCCGCAUGAGCCAUGCCCUGGAGGAGAUUAAGAAAUUCCUUGUCCCAGAUUACAAUGAUGAAAUCAGGCAGGAGCAGCUCCGCGAGCUCUCCUACUUGAAUGGCUCAGAUGAACCGAGCCGAGGAAGAAGUGCGCGGGGACGUGGAUUGCGGCUGACCUCCACAGCUUCCCCCAGAGGUCGAGGAAGUACAGCACCACCCGCUCCACCUGGACGAGGAGCAGCAGCCCCCAGAGGAACUGUGGGCUCCCGCACCUCUGUCCCCACACCAGCCAGAGGUGUAUCUGCACCCCGAGCCAGAGGAACAGCUGGAACACCUGGAUACAGAGCCCCGUCACUGCAGGCCACGCACAAGUCAUAUGAAGAUUAUGGAUAUGAUGAUGGUUAUGACGGGGAAUAUGAUGACCAGAGUUAUGAGAGCUAUGAUGACAACUACAGCAACCAGUCGAAAAGUGUCUCGGAAUAUUAUGAAUAUGGACAUGGCAACAACGAUGAAAACUACAACAAUUAUGAAGAGGACUGGAUUUCAUCUCGACCAAACCUCAAAGCUCCAGCAUCAAGACUUACUCGAGGGGGAUACAGAGAUCACCCCUAUGGUACCUGUCGCUCUGUGAGCUGAGAUGUGGUGAAUUGAAUUAGACUGGGCGCUUUGCAGUCAAUAUGUGGAGCGUACUGAUAAAACCAAUCAGUGAGAAGUGAGGGGGCUCCGUCUCAUUUGGCUGAGGUCUGAGGAAGAGCUUAUAAACACUUGCAGAUG